UCUGCGCCGCUCUGAGCCGCUCCCCGCUCCCUUGAGCUCUGCGCCGGCCGCCACUCCGGCGCCGGCCGCCACCAACUGCGCCGCCCUCCACUCCACAGACGGCGCCCACCUCCCGCUGCGCCAUGGCCUCUAGGGUCUCCCUCUCUGCCUCGGACUCGUCGGAUUCUGACGCUCCCUCGCUCUCCCCGCCCCGCGCAGCCAUCCCCCUCCCCUCCCCUCCCCUCGCGUCGCGGCCGCAGCCCUCCCCUCCUCCGGCACCGCCGCGGGUGUAGCUCAGGUCCGCCAUCGUCGUCCGCUAGAUCUUGGAUACGGCCUUUGGCCCGGUAAUCCAGGGUGGCGGGGCGGGGCCUUCGCGCGCUCAUGCGCCCCCGCCGGUGGGUGGUGGCUGGCAGACCAAGGCAAGCCGGCGGCCUCGCGCUCCGCCAACCCGCGACCCGCGUCCGCGGCGCCGCCGCCCGGCUUUGGGGCAGCGUGUCCUCACCGCUGCCCGCCCGCACCCUUCUUCCAAGCUGCCGGUGGAGCUAUACGGGUGUUGCUACAAUUGUUGCAGUGAAGGCCACAUCUCCAGGGAGUGUACCAACCCAACGCUCUGUGUUCGUUGUCGUGGACCUGGCGACACCUCGCGCGGGUGCACCCGACCGCGCAGCCCGUCUCCGGUGGAGCAGCCGUCGCGCCUGUCGCCGGCUCUCCGGCAUCAGGAGGCUAUGGAUCCUCCCCGCCGCUCGUCCUCGGUCCUGCCACCCCCUCCUCCGGGCCCUCUGCCGCAGUCCCAGCGCUCGCCCUCGGUCCUGCCACCGCCGUCGCCGGGCCCUCCGCCGCCGGGCGCGAUGCGGCUGUGGAGUCAGGUGGUGCAGGGGCCGCCCGCGGCGCGGCCUUCUUUGGGGGGUGGGGCCUCGGGGCCUGGUUUCUCGUCGUCGUUCGACCUGGUGGAGCGGCAUUUUCAAGUAAAUAGCAUAAAACUACUAGUUUACAGUCUUUGGUUCCAAAAAACUAUCACUUUUUAAUUUUUCUCGGAAAGCUAGCGAACGCGCGGUCCGCUGUUUUAAAAAACCCAAACCCGCGGUGACUAGCGAUUUAACCUGUUUUCUGACGGACCGGGCCCAUCUGUCAGCCCACAUGGCCACGCGCGCUCACGGCGCGGCCGUUAACGGCCGUUAGCCGACCGGCCCGGUCGGAACUGGGUUAAAUAACCGCUCGGUCGGUCGGGCGCUCUCGUGCUCGCUCGCUCACUCCCGUGCUCUCACUCCCCUGCUCUCACUCCUCUGCUCCAGUACGAGCUCGCCGCCGCUCGCCGUCUUCGAGGCCGGUGGCCGUCGACCUCCUUGCCGCAAUGCCUUUCUGGAACGACGAGGAAACCAGCUUGGAGGAGGAGUGCGAGGUUGUCAGCAUGGACAUGGGACUUAUGGAGGAACCAGACACCACUGUGGAGCCCCUUUUCUGUGGCCAACUUGAGCUUGCUCAUCCCAAGUGCAUUCUGCACCAACUGAGGCCUAUUAAGCGUGUUGCUUUUGAAGGGCCUGUAACAGGAAGGCGUUUCUAUGGCUGCCCAGUCCAGGAAAAUGGUGUGAAUUGUGGUGUUGUAGAGUGGUUUGAUGGGCCUUGGCCAACUGUUCUUCAGAGAUGUUUGUGCAAACUAUGGGAGAUGUUCCAUGAGCAGAACUUUGGAAGGGUACAGGACAAGGAGAAGUUUGAGAAGGAGUUGGCCAGGCUUAAGAGUGAACAUGAAAGGGAGCUGGCCAAGCUUAGGACUGAAAAUGACAAGCUUUGCAUUGAGUACACCAAGCUUGUUGAUGAUGUAUCCAAGAUGUUUGAUUGGCAGGAUGGUAGGGUGGACAAGAAGGUGUACCAGAAACAAGUGGAGGAGGAAGAACUUGAGAAGAAGAAGAAGGAGUUAGAGGAGAAAUCUAUGUUGGAGGUGCAGAUGGAAAAGCUCAAACUUGCAAAAGAGCAGAGGUGCAUUUUGCAGAGCCAAGCUGAUAUCAUCAAGAACACCAGGAAGGCUAUGAAGGCUGUUGAAGUUGACAGAGAUGUUCUUAAGAAGGAGAAGGCAAAGCUUGAGCUUGUGGUUGCUGAGCUGCUGAAAGAAGGGUAUGACAGCAAGGAGAAGUUAGAGCAAAUCAAGGCCAUCCUUGAGUCUUGAAGCUUGAUCUUGGUGAAGUAAGUACAUCCAAAGGCCUUUAUAUAAGGAUGUGGCCUGGCAUGACUGCAAGUGAUUAUGGGUGCACAUUUUGGGGGAAUGUGAAGUUUAACCUAGUGCAAGAACCUUAUUUCCUAUGUUGUUAAGUUGUAAUGGAUCACCUAUUAAGUAGUGCAAAUGGAUCUCUUAUGCUACUAAGUUGUGGAAAUGUAGAAUGUAUGCUAUUAAGUGUUCAACUUGAUCUUAUAUCUUUUAUAUGUUAUUUGUUAGCCUACUAAUAUUA